UUGAUGUUUUCCAUUUCCGCAAAGUAUGGUCCCCGCUACUCUCCUCCCCAUUCCCCACUUUUAUACAACCUCCGUCGUAAUUGUUCGCCGUCGUCGGCUCCUCCCUCCCCCCUCUUUCAGAAAGUGAGAAAUGACUAAUCAGAAUCAUCAAUUGAUAUGAUUUAGAAUUAUAAUCAAUUGUUGCUUUGCACUCAAGUGAAGAAACACAACAAUACUCGCUCACCUUUCCUUUGUUAUGCUGCAUCAGUCAGUCCGUCAUAAUGGAACUCAAAAACAUCCUCUUCUUCACUAGUAUAGCCACAAUAUUCGCCGGAGUCAAUUCCACUUAUGUUCCCUACAACACCACCUCGGGAUUCGCCCCCGAUAAGAUCAACGUCCAUUUAGUCCCUCACUCCCACGACGACGUCGGAUGGCUCAAGACCGUCGAUCAGUACUACGCCGGUGCCAACAAUUCCAUCCGGGGAGCCUGUGUCCAGAACGUUUUGGAUUCUGUAAUCUCCGCUCUCUUGGAUGACAAGAAUCGGAGGUUUAUUUAUGUUGAGAUGCAGGCAUUCUUCCAAAGAUGGUGGAGACAGCAGAGUGAUACUCUCAAGGCUAAAGUCAAACAUCUCGUCAAUUCUGGUCAACUUGAAUUCAUAAAUGGGGGUAUGUGUAUGCAUGAUGAGGCAACCCCACAUUACAUUGAUUUGAUUGAUCAGACAACUCUGGGUCAUCGUUUUAUCCUUGAUGAAUUUGGCAAGACACCAAGAGUUGGAUGGCAGAUUGACCCUUUCGGACAUUCUGCUGUUCAGGCCUAUUUGCUUGGCGCAGAGCUGGGGUUUGACUCACUAUUUUUUGCUCGAAUUGAUUACCAAGAUAGAGCCAAACGGAGAGAUGAUAAAACUCUUGAGGUUGUGUGGCGGGGCUCAGUUUCCCUAGGUUCAUCUUCUCAGAUAUUCACAGGGAUAUUCCCCAUCCAUUAUGAGCCUCCAGAUGGUUUCACCUUUGAAAUAAAUGAUGUCUCUGCUCCCAUUCAGGAUGAUGAUCUCCUCUUCGAUUAUAAUGUGGAACAGCGAGUGGAUGAUUUUGUGGCAGCUGCUGUAGCACAGGCUAAUUUGACUAGGACAAAUCAUAUAAUGUGGACUAUGGGAACUGAUUUCCGUUACCAAUACGCUGUUUCAUGGUUCAGGCAGAUGGACAAGUUCAUUCAUUAUGUCAAUUUGGAUGGGCGUGUCAACGCUCUAUAUUCUACACCAUCUAUCUACACUGAUGCAAAAUAUGCAGCAAAUGAAAAAUGGCCUCUAAAAACUGGUGACUUUUUCCCGUAUGCCGAUAGAGAGAAUGCUUACUGGACAGGCUACUUUACAAGUAGGCCAGCACUGAAAGGAUAUGUGAGAAUGCUGAGUGGUUACUAUUUAGCAGCAAGGCAGUUGGAGUUCUUCGCAUGCAGGUUUGGGUCUGGACCAAGCACAGAUGCAUUAGCUGAUGCUUUGUCUAUAGCUCAACAUCAUGAUGCAGUUAGUGGGACCCAAAGGCAACAUGUGGCUGCUGAUUAUGCUAUGCGACUUUCAAUAGGUUAUAAAGAGGCUGAGAAGGUGGUAUCAUCGUCAUUGGCUGCGUUAACAGGCUCAAAAUUGAACUCUAUGCACACAGAUCCAGUCCCUCAGUUUCAGCAGUGUCCUCUGCUCAACAUAAGUUAUUGUCCUCCAUCAGAAGCUAAUUUGUCUGAUGCUAGAAGCUUGGUCAUCAUCGCAUACAAUCCUGUAGGAUGGAAAAGAGAGGAGGUCAUCCGCAUUCCUGUUUCUUCUGAUGAUUUAGUGGUUUUGGAUUCUAAUGGCAGAGAGAUCGAAUCUCAGAUCCUUCCUCUUUCCAACGUCUCGUUGCUUACAAUCAAUUUUCACACCAAAGCAUACUUAGGUACAUCAGCCAGUAGCUUGGCAAGAUAUUGGCUUGCUUUUUCAGCAUCUGUCCCACCCCUUGGUUUCAGCACCUAUGCUGUCUCGGGUGCAAAAAUGUCAGAACCCAGAUCAUUCUCCUCAUCAGUGUAUACUCCAGACGAAGGCAAUGGUAAAACAUUUGAAGUGGGUCAAGGAAAUUUACAGUUACUUUACUCAGCGAAUGAAGGAAAGCUCACACGUUAUACAAACAGAAGAAAUUCGGUCACAUCACUUGCCGAGCAAUCAUAUAGUUACUACACUGGGUAUAAUGGUACUGACAGAGUAUUCCAGGCAUCUGGAGCUUAUGUUUUCCGCCCGAAUAAUUCAUUCUCAAUUAAACCUGAAGGCCAGGUUACUUCAGUUGUUAUUCGUGGUCCAUUACUGGACGAAGUGCACCAGCAGCUGAAUACAUGGUUAUAUCAGGUUACCCGGGUCUACAAGGGAAAGGAACAUGCUGAAAUUGAGUUUACUAUUGGACCUAUACCUGUGGAUGAUGGAUUUGGAAAGGAAAUAAUAGCUCAGAUAAGCACUGGCUUGAAUACGAAUAAGACUUUUUAUACGGACUCCAAUGGGCGUGAUUUCAUUAAGAGGAUUCGAGAUUAUAGAGCUGAUUGGGAUGUGGAAGUACACCAGCCAAUUGCUGGGAAUUAUUACCCGAUAAAUCUCGGAAUUUAUCUGAAGGAUGAAACUACAGAGGUUUCUGUGUUGGUGGAUCGUGCAGUUGGUGGUUCAAGCUUGGUGGAUGGUCAAAUAGAGCUGAUGCUUCAUAGGAGGCUACUGAAUGAUGACUCUAGAGGUGUUGGUGAGGCACUUAAUGAAGAAGUUUGUGUUCUUGACAGUUGCAAGGGUUUGAUGGUUCAAGGAAAAUAUUACCUGAGAAUUGAUCCACGGGGAGAAGGAGCCAAGUGGCGCCGGAAAUUUGGACAAGAGGUUUACUCUCCACUGCUUCUGGCAUUCUCUGAAGAGGAAGGAAACAAUUGGAUGAGUUCCCAUAUAACUACCUUUUCAGCUAUUGAUCAUUCCUAUAGUCUACCAGACAACAUUGCAUUAAUUACCCUCCAGGAACUUGAAAAUGGCAGAGUUCUUCUUCGGUUGGCUCACUUAUAUGAGACGGGAGAGGAUAAAGAUAAGUCGGGAGUGACGAGCGUAGAACUGAAGAAGCUGUUCCCUGACAAGAAGGUGGUGAAGGUGAAAGAGAUGAGUUUAUCUGGGAACCAAGAAAGGAUAGAGAUGGAGAAGAAGAGGUUAAAGUGGAAGGUGCAGUUUGAUGAAGAAGACGAAGAAGAAGAAGAAGAAAUACCUUCAGUUAGAGGAGGACCUGUCGAUCCAGUUGAGCUUGUUGUCCAACUUGCUCCUAUGGAGAUUCGUACCUUCAUUAUUCACUUUUCUUAUGAUAAUCAUGAUCAUGAUGAUGAUCUCCUACUUUUUGCUUCUUAAAACCGAAUUUCUGCUUGCUUUUCGGAUCAUCAAUUUCUCCAAUGCAAAUUCUACCGUCUAUAAUUAGUGUUGUGUGUUUUAUAUGUUGUGUGAUCGAGAUCACUUUCAGCUGUACAAGUAUUUAUUAUUCAUAUCUGAUGAUUAGUAUUACGACUGUAUUGUUUAUUA